AUGGGCCAGUUCUUCGAAACGUUCCCGCCCUCGCUGGUCGCAUGGCUCUUGGAGCAGAAGGUCUUCUACAUCGCCUCAGCGCCGCUGUCGGGCGACGGCCAUGUCAACGUCUCUCCCAAGGGCGUCUCGGAUAAGGGCGGGCCGUUCUUUGGCGUCAUCAAGGAGUCGAAGAACGGCGGCGGCGGGGACGACGCGGAGAAAAAGGCAGCAUCCGACGACAAGGACGUCGUCAUCCGCAAGUUCUGGUACAUGGAUCUGACCGGCUCCGGCAUCGAGACCACCUCGCACCUGCACGAGCCCGGCAAUGGCCGCAUCACCGUCAUGUUCAAUGCGUUUUCGGGCCCGCCGCGCAUCUUGCGCAUUUUUGGCAAGGGCACACCCUUAGAGUACGGCACACCCGCAUUCAACGACAUCGUCGCCUCCCAGCACAUCACCAUCAUCCCCGGCACCCGCUCGAUCAUCAUGGUCGACAUCCACCAGGUCGGCACGUCGUGCGGCUUCUCCAUGCCGCGCUACGAAUUUGUCAGUUUCCGGCCCACGCUGAACGAGUUUUUCGAGAAGCGCGUCGCGAGCGAGAACGCCGGGAAGAGGGAGGAUGGGAUUGAGAGAUACUGGGCGCACAAAAAUGCAUGGAGCAUGGACGGCCUGCCCGGCCUGCAGCGGGGGGUCAAGACCGCCGUGACCGAGGAUGUGAAGCCCAUCAAGAAAAUGGUCGGGCGGUAUGCGCCGUCGUCGAACGGUCGAUCGUGCCGACCGACCAAGGCGUAUACCCCGGCCCAUCUGAUCCUGGUGGCCGUCCUGAGUUCGUUGACCACCGCACUGCUGGUCCUGAUUCUGCUGAGAGUUGGGAAUGAGAGAAUCAUGUUGGGAAGAGGGGUUUGGAAGUGA